CCAGCUUGGAGCGGGAUCCAGGCGCUCUCCCCAUCCCUCCCCUAGCGGGCUGGAAGGACCCCCACCAGGACUUGCACGCCCCUCUCCAGGGAGCAGGGCUGCCACAGGCUGACUGGGGCUGGGGGAGGUGUGCUGCAAAGGAGCCUCAUCCCUGGAAAAAUCUCCCUGCCCCCACAGCUCCAGCCCCCGCAGGCCGAGGCGGAGGCGGGGGCAACUGCAGAGCCCUAGUGACCGGUCCCCCCACCCCGCGCUGCCCCGCGCUCCUGCACCGGUGGCGGGCUCCGGGAAAGUGCGGGCAAACGGCGUGGGCGGGCCAGGAGUUCCCCGCAAGCCGACAGGAGCCCAGGCAGCCGGACGGCGCGGCGCGGAGCGGGAAAGGGGAGGUACUUGGUGGGAACGCGGCUCCCCCCCGGGCCAGAGGGAACCGAGAAGCGCAGCCGACGUUCCCAGGAGGGCUCCGGGUGGCAGAAGGAGGCUGGGUCCCCGCAGCCCAGGCUGCGCCGUCCACGCCCGCGCCGGUCCCUCCCCGCCCGCCGCCGCCGCCGCCGCCGCGGGGGCUGCAACUGGAAGCCGAGUGGGGGCUGCGCGGCUUGGCCCUGCCGCAGGGGCGGGAGCCCCGCUCCAAGAGUCGCCGAGAUCUCCAAAGCGGCCGGUUCCACGUCCCUGGCCGCAAGCCCUGGGGGCCUGGGAAGGGGCAACCCCGGACCCCGCGCCCCGCACAGCCCUUCGAAGUUUGCGGGCGGCCCGGCGCUCGCGGGAUCCGUCCCCGCCGAGGGCCCAGGGGCUCAGGGGUCAGCCGGGUCGGACGGCAGAGAACGUCCACGAGGCGGCUCAGGACGACCCUGAACUUGGCGGCAGGAGGCCACUUGAUGCGUGCCAGGAGGGCGCAGGCCAAUGCCGCCCGCGGAGAAGAAGAGCACGGGGCCCAGGGCUCGGGCCCCCACGGGCCGCGCUCAGGGCCGGCUACCCGGCCUGCCUUCGCCCGCACUGUGCUGCGCCUGCGGUCUGUGCGUGCUGCUGGCGGGCGUGAACGUGACGCUGGUGGGCGCCUUCGCCUCCUUCCUGCCCGGGCACAACGCGCCGCUCGUCGUGGGGCCGGUGCUGCUCGCGCUAGCGCUGGGCUUCUUCGCCGCCUGCUGCGUGUGUAGCCGCCGGGGCCCAGCGCCCCGUGCGCGCUCGGCGGCGGCCGCGGCGGACCUAGGCCGGGGCGGCGGCCGCGCCGGGCCGGUGGCGCUGGAGAUGGAGAGCAGCGAGCGCACGGCGCAGGACACCACGGCCGUGCAGCUCAGCCCCGCCGUGUCGGCCGCGUCCUCCGGCCGCUCCAGCCCGGGCCCGGGCCCCUUCGCCCUGGACGCGCCGGCGCCUGCAGCCAUCUGCGCGCCACGCACCGAAGGACUUCAACUCAACCUGCCCCGGGAGCGGGCCGCCCCCUAGCGGACCGGGCCCCCGGCCGGACUCCUCUGCCCGGCUGCUCUCCGUUUAGUGCUGUUUAAGCACUUACAAGAAAAUGUUUUUCAGAAGGGCACAGGUGGCCUCCUCUGUCCCGUCUCCGGACCUUCAGCAGGGGACAACGUGGUGAUGGCGGAAGGACUCGCGUCCCUAAACAGGAAGCGAAGCCUUGGUCCCUAUGUGGGGCUUUUGGGCCCUACUUCACCUCGUCCCCCUGACGAUGCAAAUGAGUCCCUGAACCCUGAAACUCUGACUUCAGCCCCUCCCCCCAUGGCAUUUGGGCACUGAACCAAGACGCCUUCAUGCCAAGGGAGUGGGAGGGAGAGGGAGAGGAGGGAGGAAGGUCAGCCAGGGCUGUACCUGUCCCUGCAAACCGUGACAACGCCCUCGCCUGCCCCUGCCACCCGUGUCUGUCACAGCAUGGGAUUGGGAUUAUCAAGGGCGGUUCUGGCUUGUGCCAGUAUGGUCCGUAGGCUGGAGCUGCAUUGAGAGCACACCCUCCCCUCUCUCUGACUCGGGGAGCAGGGCUGGGGGGUUCCUACAACCCUGAAGGUCUCUGCGCAACCCUCACUGUCCACCCGCGGCGACCAGGCCACACCAUCCGUUCUCCCGGUGCCUCCUCAAUAAAGCACCCUUGGAGUCUGUGUUC